AUGGCAUUGGCGGCUUUUUUUGCGGCCAACCAUAUCCGUGAGCAAUCUCAGACUGGUCGAGAUGAGGAGCUCUUGACACCUCAUCAGUUGAGUUUAUUGCUUGGUCUCCUCUCUGGUGGAGCUGAGCAGCUAUGGGACACUGUGCGAUAUCGAUGCAGAAGAGGGAGACACCUACCUAAACCGAUUCCGCUAGUUUUCACAACUCUGAGCAUCACCAUGCUUCUAGGGUUUCUGAUACCUGCCGUCGAUACUUGGUUUGGUAUUGUCACUACACCAGUUCAGGUAACGCAGCUACAAACCAUAACCCCGCCUACCAAAAAUUUCAGCCGAGGCCUCAUCAAUAUAUGCACCAACAGCGACUCGACGGCCAACAGCCUCACGACGACAUCCAAUGGUGUGGACCUGAAUGGUGACUAUCUUCCCUGCACUCUUGCAUCGGGAAAGGAAGGAAAUGUGCUUCAGUCGGACAGCGAGGCUUAUAAGAUAAUGAAUGGAAUAUCGCAGACGAAUACCGUGAGACAGUAUUCCUCUGACCCCCUCAAAGUGUUUUAUUACCUGAGCGAUAGUGCCACUUCUGCCGAUGUCGACUAUAAGGCUACCACUUUUGCAGUGACCACGGAGUGCGAGAUCAUUACCAGCAACUGUAACGUAAACUUUGACACGUAUACUUUUAACUGCACCCCAUCAUUUGCUGGCUCCCUGUCUUCACCCGGUCCAGCCAUGAUGGCAUACGAAGUUUCAAAAUCAAGUCCAGUGGGAGUUCAAUAUUUCGGAGAUCCAGGCUUGACGAACAACUUUUCUGCGACCUCAGAGGUGUUUAGUCCUCAAAAUCCUCUGUAUUUUGGUACCUGGGCAACAGCUCAGCAGGCCGUUUCUUUUGCAGAUACCUCAGGCACCGCAACUUUCGACGGUUCUGGUAUAGGUUCCUCCUGGAUCUUGAACUGCAGCUCUACUAUCUACGAGGCAACAUAUACUUGGGUCAAUGGCACGGUAACAAGUUUCAACACGAGUCUUGCGAAUGGCACUGUGGGGGGCAUCUUUUCAGCAGGAUUUGCCUCAGGCUUCGGCACUGUUGCCCUGGAGAAUAUUGCAACUAUAGCAGGAUUCAGUAACAGCUCGGAUGGGUUGGCGAACGUCACUGCUGCAUACUUCUCCCAAAAUUCCUUGGCACUAUCUAUUGGUGCAAUGGACCUACGUCCCGGCAUACUUGAACAGUCACGAAGUUUGAUCAACCUCACACGUGUCCCCCUUGUUCCAUUUUACAUGUUGAUUGUACUGAAGCUCUUUUAUGCCUUUUCUACGGUUCUCUUUGCUUUCGCAGUCAUAAUAUGGGCCCAUCCAUCGGAAUCCCAAGAUGUGAAAACUCGUCUGAGCAUCAAGGGUCUGGUAGUGGCCUCUUUCGAACCAGAUAAACUAAAAGAAAAAGCGGUCGGUACGGUAGAGGAGAUGUUUUCUGAAAACAGCGGAGAUGGGCAGGCGGAGAAUAAAAAGGUUGGAAUUGUCAAGACGGACCAAGGAGGAUGGGCCUAUAUGACAACCGCAGUUGAAGCAGGGCGAUCGGUGCUAGGAGUCAUAAGCACGACAGCUAAAGCAGCCUAG